AUGAGUGCGCCUGAACAAGAUUACGAACAAGCCAACAGCAGCGCGACAUGGACUGAAGGAGAUCACGAUGUAGGCGCAGCUCCUUCUGCUACCUCUGACGCGAACCCAUCAGCAGCCAGUACCGAGCCCACAGCAGCAGCAGCAGGAGGAAGAGGACCCCAAGUGGCACAGCAGAAUAUGCACUAUAUUGAAGAAACUGGCCGAUGGACCUAUACGGACGCCGAGGGGGUCUCGUUUGAGUACGACGAGAACUUGAAGGCGUGGUUUCCUAUGUUUAACGAGCAUUUGAUUCAAGCACAGCAGUCUGCUUAUGGAGAGACGAUCCCGGAUAACUUGGAAUCGGUGUAUGCAGAGAAUGCAAGGCGGCAGAAGCGCAAGAACGACAACACAGACGACAUCUACCACGGCGCCGGAGCCACUACAAAAACCGCGGGAUCUCAUCACAACAACACCACCAAUGACGAUGACGAUGACGAAGAGGAACAAGACGAGGACCGGGGUGACGCGCACGAGAUUCUUGGGCUGAACGACUACCCCCCAGGACUGGCGUCGAUCCCUGGACAGAGUGAUGGAUCGGAUAAUAAGUAUGCGAACAAGAAACAGAAGCAGCCCAAGGGCAAGGGUGAACGGAAACCCAAACCAAUUUCUUCGGUCUUUGUGACAGGUCUGCCGCUUGACACGGAUCUGGAGGAGGUGAUGGAUGUGUUUAAGAAGGGUGGUGUCUUCAUGGAGGACGAGAAUGAGAAACCAAGGAUCAAGUUGUACACUAACGGUCAGGGACAGAGAAACGGCGAAGGAUUGGUGACAUACUUGCGUCCCGAAUCCGUGGCGCUGGCAAUAGAUCUCCUGGACGAUACCGAGUAUCGGCCGGGAGUCGAGAAGGGCCGCAUCCGUGUCCAGCAGGCACAGUUCAAGGAGAAGGAGCGGACGGCUACGCCAGCGGGAUUGGUGGACGAGCGCAAGAAGAAGGUUCAGAAGAAGUACCAAAAACUGGAAAAGAAGCUGGACUGGUUUGAUGACGAGAACUUGGUCAAGGCGGACAAGUGGAACAAGGUGUGCAUUCUCAAGCACAUGUUCACGCUCCAGGAACUCGAAGCCGAUCCGACCCUGUUGUUGGAUCUGAAGGAGGAUAUUCGUGAGGAGUGCGAAAAGGUCGGCGAGGUCACUAAUGUCAUUAUUUACGACCAUCACCCGGACGGAGUAGUGUCGGUGAGGUACAAGGACAAGGAAUCGGCUGACCUCUGUGUGAAACUUAUGUCGGGACGGUUCUUUGCGGGCCAGCGUGUCGUCGCCGAGAUCUAUGAUGGGCAUACCAAGUAUGAGUCGCAAAAGUCUAAAGAGGAACUGGAGGAGGAGGAGAGGCAGCGGUUGGAUCGGUAUGCCAAGUGGCUUGAGGCUGAGGAGGAGAGGAGCAAAGCUGAGAGAGGGGUGGGCACUGGUUCUGGAGGUGGUGAGGAGGGAAGAGAAGGCGAGGAGAAGAUUGCAGCAGAUGCACCUACUCCUUGA